AUGUCCGAUUGCCAUGUUGAAAACUCCUUUUUGUCUCCUCAGUUUACCGAGCAGAAGUUGAAGCUCUCCAUUCUUCAGAGCUUGUCAAAACACAAUAGAAGUAAUAUUGGAACUGAAGGUGGACCACCUCCUUUUGUGCCUUUUGGACAGAAGUGCAUAUCCCACGUCCAAGUGGAUAGUAGAGAACUUGACCGAAGAAAGACAUUGCAAGUUACGAUGCCUGCCAAACAAACAAAUGAUAAUGAUGAAUUUGAAAAGCAAAGGACUGCUGCUAUUGCGGAAGUUGCAAAGAGCAAAGAAACCAAGACAUUUGGAGGAGGUGGUGGUGGUGCUAGAAGUAAUCUCAACAUGAGUGCUGCUGGUAACCGAAAUAGAGAAAUUUUACAAAAAGAAAAGUCAGCCAAAUCUGAGGGGAAACACGAAGGUGUCUAUAGAGAACUGGUUGAUGAGAAGGCUCUGAAACACAUAACAGAAAUGGGCUUCAGUAAAGAAGCAUCCAGGCAAGCUCUAAUGGAUAAUGGCAACAACUUAGAAGCAGCACUGAAUGUACUUCUUAACAGCAAUAAACACAAACCUGUUACAGGACCACCUCUGAGAGGUAAAGGAAAAGGCAGGGGGAGAAUAAGAUCUGAAGAAGAGGAAGAGAACUGGGAAAUGCAAGGCCCAUCAGCACCAAGCACAUAUUUGAUUUCUUGGAGUCCUAAAAUGGGGACAUUGAGUGUGGAAGAACCUAAAUCACAGCCACAGCAGCUUCAUCAGGGACAACACAGAUUGUCAAAUACUGAGCAAAAUGGAGUAAAAGAUAACAAUCAACCAAGACAUCUUCCUCGAAAUGAUACCAGACAGCCAAGAAAUGAGAAACCUCCUCGUUUUCAAAGAGACACCCAAAAUUCAAAGUCAGUUUUAGAAGGCAGUGGAUUACCUAGAAACAGAGGUUCCGAAAGACCCAGUACUUCUUCAGGGUCUGAAGCAUGGGCUGAAGAGAGAAUCAAGUGUGAUAGACCCUACUCUAGAUACGACAGAACUAAAGAGCCUUCAUACCCUUUCAGUUCUCAGCACGACGGUGCUUUUAAAAAAAGGGAUAACUCUAUGCAAAGCAGAUCAGGCAAAGGUCCAUCCUAUGCAGAGGCAAAGGAAAAUCCACUUGCUCAAGAAUCCACUGAUUAUAAUAACCAGAAACGUGGGAAAAGAGAAAACCAAACAGCAAAUCCUGAUCAUUUUUAUGACAGGAAACCACGAACAAGUAACGAAACUUUCAGUGGUGUAAAAAUUGAAAAACAUUUUAAUGUAAAUACCGAUUUCCAGAAUCCUGUCCGAACUAAUAGUUUCCUUGGUGUUCCAAAUGGAGAGACAGACAUGCCACUGAGGGGCAGGCGAGUGGGACCGAUUAAGCCGGCAGGACCCAUCACAGCUACACCUUAUGAUGAUAAAGUAUUUUACAACAGUGGGCCCAAAAGAAGAUCUGGGCCCAUUAAACCAGAAAAAGUACUAGAAUCAUCUAUUCCUAUGGAGUAUGCAAAAUUGUGGAAACCUGGAGAUGAAUGUUUUGCACUUUAUUGGGAAGACAACAAGUUUUACCGAGCAGAAGUUGAAGCUCUCCAUUCUUCAGGUAUGACAGCAGUUGUUAAAUUCAUUGACUAUGGAAACUAUGAAGAGGUGCUACUAAGCAACAUCAGGCCCAUUCAGACAGAGGCAUGGGAGGAAGAAGCCACCUAUGACCAAACGCUUGAGUUCCGUAGAGGAGGUGAUGGCCAGCCAAGAAGAUCCACUCGGCCCACCCAGCAGUUUUACCAACCUCCCCGGGCCCGGAACUAAUAUGAGAAGAGUCUUUGUGAAGAAAGGAGCCAUUGACUGGUCAAAACCUGUUGAUAGACUUCCUACUUUCCCUCCGGAAUAAGGUGCAGCCGUGAUGAAUAUUACUAUUGGAGAAUCGAAAAGCAGAUUUUAGAGGGGAGAAAAAUCCAGCUAACGCGAAGAAUGGGAAAAAAAAAAAAAAACUAAGUUAAGUAAAGCAAGUACCUUUUAACAGUGAAAGAGAAUUUUUUCUUCUGCCAUCAAUAAAACCAAUGCACUGUUAUAUA